AUGUCCAUUGAAGACAGUGCUACUCCCACGGAUUCCCGUGCGGGGACUAUGGCACCUGAGUCGGUGAUUCCUUCGUCGCCACUCACGGACCCGACUGAGGCUGAGGACUCGAACUCGGCUGAAGAUAAAGAUGACAAACCCAAGGAGGAGUCGGCUGAUUCAGAAGAUGUCGAGGGGAUGGACAGCAAGGCCAAGGCCUUGAUGCACCUGUUGAAAACCAGCUCGGUCUUUGUUGCUAUCAUGUCGGAGAAAAUGAAGAAACAGCAGGAGGACGCACGCUUGGCAGCGAUCAAGCGCCGUGAACAGACUGCUGCGACCCAGAAGAAAACCAAGUCGCCUCCUGAACCUGCUCGCCGAGCCACUCGUACUCGGCCAAACCAAGAUGCAACGGAUGAGAACGCAGACGCCGGCGGAAAGGCCACAGCAUCGACCAGAGGUCGGCCUAAGCGGGCAGCCACCGCCAAUGGCAGCUCUAUAUCCAGUUACUUCAAGAAGGCUGAUGUGGAAGUAACCGAAGACAAUCCCUCGGUGCAACAAGCACUUGAGCAAGCUGCAGACGACUACGAAGCAAACCCCACAGCGCUUGGUGAUCAGGACUUGGUCGCGACACAGCAGCCAACACUUGUGAGUGGUGGCAAAAUGAGAACGUACCAGCUGGAGGGCCUCGAAUGGCUCAAAACUUUAUGGAUGAAUGGGCUUUGUGGUAUCCUUGCCGAUGAGAUGGGCCUUGGGAAAACUGUUCAGGCAAUCUCCAUGAUUGCUUUCCUUAAAGAGAAAAAUGUUUCUGGUCCAUUCAUGAUCGCAGCACCGCUGAGUACGGUGAGUAAUUGGGUGGAUGAAUUCGCCCGAUGGACCCCGGGAAUAAAAACAGUCUUGUAUCAUGGUUCAAAGGAUGAGCGCGCCGCCAUGCGCCAAAAGCAUAUGAAGAUGAAAAACCAGGGAGACAUGGAUUUCCCCGUUGUGUGCACCUCCUACGAGAUAUGCAUGAAUGACCGAAAGUUCUUGAGUCAAUAUCAAUGGCGUUAUAUUGUUGUUGAUGAGGGACAUCGCUUGAAAAACAUGAAUUGCAAGCUUGUCAAAGAACUCUUGACCUAUAACUCGGCCAAUCGUCUGCUGAUAACUGGAACACCCCUCCAAAACAACAUCUCAGAGUUGUGGUCACUUCUACAUUUCCUGCUCCCUGAGGUUUUCAACGACCUCAACUCGUUCGAAGGAUGGUUUGAUUUCUCUUCUGUCCUGGAUAACAAGGGCCAGGCAGAGCUUGUUGAACAACGCAAGCGCAACUUGGUUACCAGCAUGCACGCCAUUCUGAAGCCCUUCCUUCUCCGACGUCUAAAAACAGAUGUUGAAACUACUCUUCCUAAAAAGCGCGAAUACAUUCUGUACGCGCCUCUAACCACAGAGCAGAAAGAUCUCUAUCGAGAGAUAAUCAAUGGUACAGGACGCCAGUACCUUGAAGGUAAGGCUCUGGAGCGUCUGGAGAGUAAGAGCGGCAACUCUACGCGCUCGCAAAGUAUGAAGCGCAAACGGAAUGGUAAUGACGAUGCAAUGUCGAUCAAGAGCGCUAGAUCUAGCGGGGAAUCCACGCCGGCUAGCAAUGGAAAUAAUUCUAGCCGCCGACGCCGACGCAGCACGCGUCAGAGUUACAAUGACCUAAGUGAAGGAGAAUUUGAUGAGCACCUCCGCAAACUCGAACUGGGAAUUGAAGAAGAGGAGAAGACGCUCGAGCCCAGCGAUGCUGAGCUUGAAGAGAUGCAGCAGGCUGCGAAUCUGAAGCUUGCCAAGAAAGAGAUUGGCCAAAAGAAGAUGCAAAACCCGGUCCUACAGGCUCGCCUUGCCUGCAACUCUCCACACAAUUUCUAUUGGCCGUGGAUGGAUGAGUCCUCUACCGUAGACGAAACACUCGUCUCCGCUUCUGGAAAAAUGCUCUUGUUAGACCGCUUGGUCUCAUGCUUGCUUAAGAAGGGCCACAAGAUUCUAAUUUUUUCUCAAUUCAAGACUCAACUUGAUAUCAUCGAAGAGUGGGCAGUGACACUCCGCUCCUGGGAUUGCUGCCGUAUCGACGGUGCUAUUGCACAGUCAGAACGCCAGGCUCAGAUCAAAAACUUUAAUACCAAGAAGAGUCACAAGAUCUUCCUCUUGAGCACCCGAGCUGGUGGCCAAGGAAUUAAUCUCACCUCCGCCGACACCGUGAUCAUCUUCGAUUCUGACUGGAACCCCCAGCAGGAUCUGCAGGCUCAGGAUCGAGCCCACCGCAUUGGCCAGACCAAGCCAGUGAUUAUCUACAGAUUGGCAACGAAGGGUACCGUUGAGCAGACACUCCUUGAGAAAGCGGAUUCCAAGCGUCGCCUUGAACGUCUAGUCAUUCAAAAAGGCAAAUUCCGCUCCUUGCUCGACCCCAGUGCGAAUUCCCAAGAUAUCGACGAACUGCGCAAGGCUCUCGGCGAGAACGAGUUCGAGCGGUUCGAGGUUGGCGCUGACCCUGCGUCCAUUUUGUCAAAUGAAGAUCUCGAUAUCUUGACAGAUCGUUCGGAGGAGGCCUAUCUCCGUGCUGAGAAGGGGUUGGAUACGAAAGGUGCUGCAUUUGUUGCAGUUGAAACGAAGCGCGAUUCUGGUGAGAACAUUCUCUCUUGA